AUGGAUUCUUACGGAAGGGCUAUUGUUGACCUCAGCGAUGAGCAGCAUCCCAACUAUGAUCUCACUAAGCUGAACAACUCUUCCAAAUUCUUUUCAAUGCUCCCUAGAGAAGUCCGACUCGUGAUUUACGAGUAUGCGGUAUAUGUCAGUCAUGAUGUUAAACCAAGGCAACUUGUGCGCGGUUCGAACCGGUUCAGCUGGUUCAGCUGGUGUGGACACACACCAGAUCACGUAAUUAAUAAAUGGCUAACCGUUGUUUCACUUGCUCGCGUAUGCCGAACCAUCUACGCUGAGCUUGAAUACUUUCAGCCGUUCUACAAAGUCAAUCAAUUCUCCUUUAUGCAACUAUCCGAGCUUCGUAAGUAUAUUGCGGCUAUCACACCAUCUCGUCGACAAGCAAUCCGUCGGAUUAGUUACACGAUGGACGGCUCUAUAGGAGCCAUAGACGACUGGCUCUUAAAUAAACGAGUCUUAUGGGAUCACGAUGAAUACCCGAUAGACCACGGCACGUUGACAAUUCUCAGUCAAACCGGAAUCGAAGAGUUUACGCUCGUUGUCGAUUUAUCUGAUUCGUGGGCGGACAGAUAUCCGGACGAUGUUGAUAUCGGUGAAAUAUGCUACUAUGUUGAGAAAGCCCAAGGAUACCCUGACGAAUUGCACACCAUAUGGAAUCUACCUUGCUUUCGACUAGGUUUCCUCGUCGAAUUUCCGGAUGAAACCACCGAGGAGUUGAUAGAGGAAAUCGACGAAGCAUUGGAGGCCCGUAGGCGACGUAUUGGCCCGGACAAACCCGAAUGGUUCAAGCAAUUGAAUAGCUCUAGACCGGCUGAAAAAGCUCUGUGCGAAGUCAGUGAUCUCGACAUUCUGGGCGAAGAUCGAGUAGGUCUGGAUAGAGCUGGCAGUUAUCUUGGGCCUGUCUCUUCCCGGACGAGAGGUAAAUGCCGAGUGCCCAACUCGGUGGGCCAAAUACUUAAGAGCGUAUCAAGAUACAGCAUAGAUGGCAUCUUGACUUCUCCCAUCCAAGAGAUACACGAUAUUCGUUGGGAUGGAACGGAUGUGCAGUGCCAAGUGUCGCACAAGUAUGGAGAUAAGGUCUGGGAGGAUGUCUCUGCUAUCCUUAUUCCUGACAACGUAUUUUUCAUCAUAUCGUUCUACAAUGUUAUGAUGGCGGCAAAAGAUUCUAGCCGCUUGGAUAAGGUUGAAAGCAAGCCGACCUUGCGCGAUAUUCUCAAAAUUCAAGGGGGCCUUCACUUUCUCCAGCAUACUGGGGCAGAGGGUUAUAGAAAAGAAUCACUGUCUUUCAUGAGAGAAUGUUGGUUGAGAUGUGCAAACCGAUGGGACGCUUACAUAGCCGACUUGGAAAGGGUGAAAACUUCGGGGGAACAGAGAGAAGAAACAACCCAGGAAGCCAAAGGAAGAACCCGAAGAAGAGGCUGA